UGGGAAAUCCAACCUCCAGUAUAAAACCCGCAGCCAGGAGGGAUCCACUUUUUUAGGAACAGCCGUGUUAACAGUUUGUUGUUGGAUGAACUGGUGCGUAAAGGUGAUGCGUAAAAUCCAAAAGAGAUAAACUUUUUUACCACACAAACAUUUCUUUUUACUUUUGCAACAGAACAAGUUUUGUUUCUGGGUUGUUUGGCACCACUAGAAGAACUUUUAAACUUUUUGUUUUAACUGGACAAUGGCAGAGGGAGACUUCUACACGAUGGGAAACCGCCAGAGGUUUCCCAGGGAUCCAUUUGGAGAGUCACCGUUCAGAGAUCAGUCUCCGUUCAGAGAUCAGCUCGGGUCUCGGUUUAUGGACGAGGAAUUCGGGUUGCCAUCGUUCCCGGAUGAUUUGGCGAUGGACUGGCCGGGCUGGGCUCGACCUGGUCGGCUCAGUACUCGCCUCAGCACGUCGCCCUUUGGUACCGGUUUACGCACAGGUUUCCCUCCGCGUCAGUCCUCGGGAGGCCCCACAAUGUACACCUCCAGGUACGGAGAGCCCUCCAACCGGAGCUCACCCACCGGCAGCACCGGCAGCAGCACUACCGGAGGGGAACCGUGGAAAGUUUGCGUGAACGUCCACAGCUUCAAACCAGAGGAAUUAACCAUCAAAACGAGAGACGGCUUUGUAGAAGUGUCAGGAAAACAUGAAGAGAAGCAGGAGGAAGGAGGCAUAGUGACAAAGAAUUUCACAAAGAAGAUACAGAUCCCGUUAGAUGUGGACCCUGUAACCGUUUUCGCCUCCUUGUCCCCCGAGGGCGUCCUCAUCAUCGAAGCCCGGCAGACGCCUCCAUAUUACCUCUUCAGCAACGACGGCUCCCUGCAGGGUGGAGACACACAGGAGGUGGAGGCCCUCAAGCCCCAAGAGACCCCUGUAGUCUAAACCCCCCACAUCCUCAUUAACAUAACAAAUCAUCCUUCACAAUUGAUUACAAGUAGGGAUGCACCGAUACGACUUUUUCAGUCUCAACACCAAUAGCGAUACCUGAACUUUAGGUAUCGGCCAAUACCGAGUACCGAUCCGAUACCAGUGUUUAAUUAAUAGGCUGUAUGCCUCUCUGUGUGGAAGGUCAUUCUUUUAUGUGUAAGGCCACAUCAGGCUUGACAUAAACUUU